AUGGCUUUUGCUGAGGGGAAGAGUGACAUGGAGCGACUAGGGAUCUUCAAAGAGAUGGGUUACAUCUCCAUAGGGGACAAGUACAACCCUCCCAACAAAAACCGUCCUUUCAAUGAGCCGGCCCACCGCAAUCGGCAGAUGCAGGCAGGCUUCGCUUCACAACGCUGUGCACUGCAGAACGGCUUCUUUGAGAAAACGUACAGCCGCAUAUUUGAGCGGGAGGCACUCAACGACCCCAUAAAACUGGCUCGGCAGUAUCGGAACCAGCAGGCCAAGAGAAUAUUGGGCAAAGCCUUCCUGCCCUCAAAUGCCAUCAAGAAACCGUGUGGGUCAGGAAGCUACUAUGGCACAAUCUCUGGACCAGUGGAAGCCAUGAGCCCACAGACUCUGCCCCGAAAACCACACAAGUCACCUGGGCGCAACGUCAUGACCUCACCUGGCAAGAAAGGCAGUGGUUACAGCUAUCCUAAUGUGACACUGUCUGAUAUUGGUUUGUAUGCGUCUGACCCUUACGACAGAGCCAAGGAAUUUAUAAAGAUAGUCUAUGGUCCAGACAUCUACUGUGAUGUAGAGUUGCAGGUUUUGAGUGACCCAUGGUUCUCCAGCUCAGUCAUGAAUAACUGCAGCAGGAAAUCAAACCAAUGA